AUGGCGCUGCUUGCAGCCUCGCGUUUUGCUCUGGGAGAGCUAUACCUGGCUGUAGCGAUCCUUUUCUUGGUGCUCUGCGUCCAUCAAAUCAAAUGGCAUGUGUCUUUUAGCCGCAAAUAUCGAUUUCCAAACCCGGUCCCAGGUCUGCCUAUCAUUGGCAACGCCCUGCAGAUGCCAUCUACUGGGCAAGGUCCUUUCCUGCAGAAGCUGGCAGAGAAAUAUGGGGAAAUGUACACCAUGAAGUUUGGGGCGACCUACUGGGUCAUUCUGAACUCGCAACGCGUAGUGUCUGAGCUUCUCGAAAAACGCGCUUCUAUAUAUUCAUCUCGGCCAGCAUUCCCCAUGGCCCACAGUCUAGCCUCCGGGAAGAAGCGAAUCCUUGUCCUGCCUUAUGGCGAUCUUUGGAGGAGAGAAAGAAAGGUCAUGCACCGGAUCCUGAAUAACACCAAGAAACGCAUAUUCGAACCUUUUCAGGAUAUCGAAUCUCGAGCUCUUCUCUAUGAGUAUCUACACGAACCUGAUCUGUGGCCUCGAUCUCAUCUCCGAUAUGCAAAUUCAGUGGUUAUGAGCGUUGUCUUUGGAAGAAGAACCAGCCUUAGAGACCCAUAUCUCCUCGAGUUGCUGCACAACUCCGAAGAAUUCGUUCGAUACUUAAUGCCCGGGCGAUCCGUUGUCGAUGUAUUUCCGUUCCUCGCAAACGUCCCCUGGCUCAAGACCUGGCAGCCAUGGAGAUGGUAUGGCGAUAAGCUUUACAGGCGAACGCGCGAGGUCUACAAGAGAGAGAUUGACAACCUUCGCCAGCGGCGAAAGCUGGGCAUCCAGAAGCCUUGCUUUAUGACAGAGUUCUUCGAUGCUGGGGAAGAUAAAGAGUUCUCAGACGAAGAGGUUUAUUUCAUCUCGGGAACAUUGAUGGAAGCAGGCUCAGACACAACUAGAGUCUCUCUGCACGAAAUCCUCGCGGGAGCGGCGCUAUAUCCUGACUGGAUUGAACGAGCGCGCGUGGAGCUCGACAAAGUCUGUGGCGCCAACGCCGAGCGACUGCCCGUUGCUCGGGAUAUUGAUCAGCUUCGUAUAGUCAGAGCCGCGGCGAAAGAAAGCAUGCGUUGGAAGCCUACUAUAGCGGAGACAGGCAUUCCGCACGCUUUAAUCAGAGACGACGACUUUGAAGGCUACCAUUUUCCUGCUGGGACCGUGUUCACUUGGAAUCACUGGGGAAUAGCCAACUCUGCAUCUGAAUAUGAGCAACCAGAGCGGUUCUGGCCGGAACGAUUCAUUAAUGAUGAGCUCGAUAUGGCAUUUAAGGGCCAUCUAGGCCUCGGUACGGGUCGACGAGCUUGUGUCGGGUACUCCGUGGGCAUAAACAACCUUGCCAUCGCUAUUGCUAGGUUGGUGUACUGUUUCGACUUUGAGCAAGAUCCCUCCGCACCGAUCGACGCCUCAAAACCCUUCUUCCCGGACGAGAACGGUUACCCGUUCAAAGUCAUCAUCAAACCGAGGAGUGAAGCACAUCGAGACCUUGUGGAAAGGGAAUGCCGUGCAGCGGCGGUCACCAACUGA